UGGACAGAGCGGGCUUGCAGAUGACAUUACUGGACGGCCUGGAUUAUGCUGAGCCUGAUGCACUCUCUGCCCUUCAUUGCUCCACGCCCGCUCCCACACUGGGUCAGUAUUUAUGUGUCCUGGACCUAGAGAGGCCCCUGGAAUCGCCACUGUCCCAGCUCUUCUCUCCCCGUCCCGCCUUCCCCGCCGCCCGCCCCACUGGCCAGUCCCCACGCCCACACGCCCAAGGCUGCCUCAUCUGGCACUGAUUAUCCCCGCUGCCGCCGCCGCUGCUGCUACGCUCAGCUGCUGCCUCUGUCUUGAGGACCCCAGCGCCUCUCCCUCGGGCCAUGCCGCCUACGACCACAGCCUCCCUCCUGGGGCCCCUCCUCACUGCCUGGGCUCUGCUGCUGCCUUUCACCCAGGGCCAGAGCCCCAACUACACCAGACCUGUGUUCCUGUGUGGAGGGGAUGUGACUGGGGAGUCGGGUUACCUGGCAAGCGAAGGUUUCCCUAACCUCUACCCCGCCAAUAAGGAGUGCAUCUGGACGAUAACGGUCCCUGAGGGCCAGACCGUGUCCCUCUCCUUCCGAGUCUUUGACCUGGAGCUGCACCCCUCCUGCCGUUACGACGCUCUGGAGGUCUUUGCCGGGCCUGGAACCUCAGGCCAGCGGCUCGGACGCUUCUGCGGGACCUUCCGGCCACCGCCCUUAGUCGCCCCCGGCAACCAGGUGACCCUGAGGAUGACAUCGGACGAGGGCACGGGAGGACGAGGCUUCCUGCUCUGGUACAGCGGGCGGGCCACCUCAGGCACUGAGCACCAAUUUUGCGGGGGGCGGCUGGAGAAGGCCCAGGGAACCCUGACCACGCCCAACUGGCCCGAGUCCGAUUACCCCCCGGGCAUCAGCUGUUCCUGGCACAUCAUCGCACCCCCGGACCAGGUGAUCUCACUGACCUUCGGGAAGUUUGACCUGGAGCCCGACUCCUACUGCCGCUACGAUUCGGUCAGCGUGUUCAACGGCGCCGUGAGCGACGACGCCAAGCGGCUGGGGAAGUUCUGCGGCGACACAGCCCCGGGUCCCAUCUCCUCCGAAGGGAACGAGCUCCUCGUCCAGUUCGUCUCGGACCUCAGCGUCACGGCCGACGGCUUCUCGGCCUCCUACAGGACCCUGCCGCGGGGCGCCACCGAAGGAGGGCCAGCCCGGAGCCCGGGGGAGGACGCCCGGCCGAGUCCCCCGCUCCUCGGCCCGGGCCCCAAGCCCGGAGCCGGGCCCAAAGUCAAGUCCGAAGUCCCACCUGAGGAGAAACCGAAGGCCGCGCCUAAGGCAGAGGCAACUCCGGUGGGCCGCGAUGCACCCAGUGUCUCCUGCCCGAAACAGUGCCGGCGGGCAGGCACCUUGCAGAGCCACUUCUGUAACAGCGACCUGGUGGUGACGGGAAUGGUGAAGUCCAUGGCUCGGGGCCCAGGGGAGGGCCUCACGGUCACUGUCAAUCUCACUGGUGUUUACAAAACCGGAAGCCUGGACCUGCCCUCUCCCCCCACUGACACCUCCCUGAAGUUUUAUGUGCCCUGCAAGCAGUGCCCCCCCAUGAAGAAAGGAAUCAGUUAUCUGCUGAUGGGCCAGGUGGAAGAAAACAGAGGUCCGAUCCUUCCUCCAGAGAGCUUCGUGGUUCUCUCCCGGCCCACCCAGCACCAGAUCCUCACCAACCUCAGCAAGAGGUGCCCCUCCAAGCCUGUUCAGGCUGCUGGAUCCCAAGCCUGAGCCCAGGCCAGCCUCCGGACCCUGGCCCUAGGGACCUCUUUCUUAUCCAAAUAAAUGUUUCUAGACUUGAGGAAGGGG